AUGUCUUCUUCUUCGGUCUCAUCGAGUCAUCAUCAUCAACAUCGAGAGGCGAAGAGAGCGAAGACGAGGGAGGCUGAGUUGAGUACUUCUCUUGGUUAUACCAAUGAGAGCAACCCUUUCGGGGACUCCAACUUGACCUCGACCUUCCGAUGGAAGAAGAAAGAACAGUUUCAAGAGGCCGCUGGAGUUCGGCCGUUGAAGGCCAGUGAGGCUAGGGAACAGGCGAGGGUCAACUUGAAUGAAGUGGUCCAAAUACGGCAGAGACGGGAAGAGCGAGCGGCUGAGGAGAGUUUAUUGGAACAACAGCGGAGCGAGAGGGAGAGGGAAAUUAUGGAGGACGAAUAUCGAGACUGGCUGGCCAAAGAGGAAAUGUUUGAUAUUUCGCAAGCGGCAUUGCGAUGUUCGCUCCGUAUCAAGACUAAUACGGAGCAUCUUGAGGACUACCUCUACAAGGAGUUGUUGCUGGCUAGCAAGGGGGUAGAGAAGUACCCAUAUGAUGACUGUACGAUAUUGGAGUCGCCACUGGUGACUGAUACUAUUGCGAGUCUACCACCGAGUGAGCUGGCGACCUCAGCUGUCCAUAUCGGCGACUUAGAGCGAGCGGCUCGAGACAGAGGGCGAGGCGAGGAGGCAGAUUAUUGGCACUGCGUAUUGGCUCUAGUGAAGGAACAAUUAGCUGCUAAGACCGAGGCUGGACCCAAACUGGCUCCAACGAGUGGCCUCGGAGUAGAGGAUGCCUCUAUAGAAGGCCUCUUGGGAGAUAUACAGUCGGCUGAGGUAUUGCGAGGGGUGGAGGAUGAGCUCAAGUGGCUCUUGAAUAGCAAGGACACUGGAGGGCCGGCUGAAGAGGUUGAUGAGGAGUUCAUAACAGCGGCUUUGGAGAAGAUUCCUCACUACGUCUCGCGACUACGAGUAGAUGACAUCCAUCGAAAAGCUCGUAAGGUGGUGGAAAAGGUAGCCGCCUCGAUGGAGGAUGAGGAGGAGGAGGAAGAGAAUAAGAGGAGGGCGGUAUCCCCUGUCCCCAUCGAUCGAGGGACUUCAGCGUUGGAGCCUAUCACUGAGGAGGCUAGUCGAUCGGAGAUGGUGGAUAUGCGGAGGAAGAUCGUGGAGCAGUGGAAUAGGACAGACAGGAGCGCCAAGGCCGAGGCCAACCUGUUGACGGCAGCUGAGAAGCGGCUAUUGGCUGAGGAGAGGAAUCGAAAGGUGGAUGAUGGAGAUGUCACGGAGGAGAUGUUCAACGAACUUUAUGUCGACCCUGGAGAGGCUAAUAAGACCUAUGCUUGGGAGAAUAAGUACCGGCCUCGCAAGCCGAAGUUCUACAAUAAAGUUAAGACUGGUUUCGAUUGGAAUAAAUAUAACCAGACACAUUACGACAAGGAGACGCCUCCUCCUAAGAGGGUCAUGGGCUAUCGAUUCAACAUCCUCUACCCCGAUCUCAUCGACAUGCGGAAGACUCCUCAAUACCACCAAGAGGCCUCCCCGACUCCUGGUACGAUUAUCCUGCGUUUCUCUGCGGGACCACCGUAUGAGGAUAUCGCUUUCAAGAUUGCGAAUAAAGAGUGGGACUAUGACCGAAGGAGUGGCUUUAAGGCAGCCUUUGAGAGGGGAAUGUUGCAGUUGCACUUCAACUUCAAACGUGAUAGAUAUAGACGAUGA